CAAUUUUGACAUUAACGUGGCAUUUUACCAUAAUAUACAUUAAAUAUAUGAAGAAAUAUAAAUCUGGAUCCUUUUGAAAGCAAUGGACAUAUACACGACUCCAGAUGAUAAAUUUCGAUGUUCGCACAUGGCUUAACUAUCUUGAUAGGAUUGCUUGCCGUAAUAGGACAAAUAGAUUUAGCUUUAGACGGUAGUUCUAGUAAUUUACACUUCAAUAAAUUAUCCGAUUUCGACGACAUAGUGGAAACAGAAAACAAAAAAACUCAGAUCGAUCCCUGGCUCAGUCAUAGGGAUAUACAGUCUAGGUCAUCGGGUGGAGCAAGGUUGAAUUCUAUGAAUGACAGGUCGCAGAACGAUGCAGGCAAAAACUCUGGACGUUUUAUAUUCGAAAGACCCAUCCAAUAUAUAGCUGAAAAUAGUGCGGACGAAUCUGGCUACUACCACGUGGAAUCGCGGAGAACAGAAAUUAGCAAACCCAAGAUAUUCAAUCGCAGCAAAGAUACUCUAUCCCAGGUAGAACAUUUUACUUGUAAACAUGCUUCUACUAUUGGAGAACCUGAAUAUGAUCCAGAAAAUACUGGGAAAUCGUCAACACAACCCGUUGGAGCACCAUCGUUAUCGGAAGAUGCAGACCUCGAAGACGCCUGCAAUGCAAUCAACCAGAUCCUCAGAAAUCCUCUUGUGGAUCGGCUAUUAAUGAACUCGAUAUAUAAACCUCCAGAUCGUUCAAAUCUCUCAGAUAAGUGGAACACGUUUGUCUUCAUAGUGAGGAAGUUAGAACCGAAUACACCACAAGGGAUUUUGGAACAUCCAAAUGCCAAAGACUGCGUAAAAAGGUACGUCAGGAAAAGGCGAAGAAAGCGACACUCUACUGCCACACUGCUGAAGAGGAAACAAAAAAUGAUAAAGCGGUUGCAACGGAGGGACACGCUUGACAAAAUGCAAGAAGAUGACCUGUUCAAAGACAUAGCAAAGUUUUUAGUUUCCAACAAGUUGAAACACAAAGGUUAUACUUACGUACCGGUCAUGUUUUCUCACCAAGUUAACGACGGAUUAGCAGGCUACACUGUUCGUGAUUUGAACGGAGAUCUCAACGUGAAAUUGACUGAGGCGUCUACUAUGUCUUUUUCGACUAGUAAGAGCGUGACAGCGAUAAGUAGUACGACGACAGCUACAACAGCUUCCUCAGCAACGUCAGCUUCAAUGCCUCUUUGGACGGUACCGCUACCAAGCAGCACCGACUAUAACGAGUUCGCUUUGAACUUGCCCAAUCCUGUUACACAUCUGAACCUGAACGAGGACAAGAUGGCAACGGAAAGUGUCGCUAUCCACGCUGGAGGUAGCAUGGUCCCUGGAAUACUCAUAUACCCGAUUGGAAAGAAGCUGAAAAGGUUCCAUAAUGACAAAGCUGAUCUGGAUUUUGCAGGGGAUAAUGCCGUCACUGAACUGGAGGUUGGGCUGGAUCAGUCAACUAAAGCAUCUAUAGAGUUCGUACCGACGUAUACUUUACCAGUAUUGAAAAGAGGAGUACCCCCGGAAUGCGCUGAAGAUACCGAAAAGCUGUUGCAGCUCUUGGCAACGGCCAAUGAUAAGGAUAGUCCACCACGAAGAAUGAUACCGGGUGUUUUAGUCUAUCCCUUGGCGAAAAUCAAAAGAUUUGUUUCAGGAAGUACAACAGUAUCAGACUCUUCAGAUGCUCAGCCGACGUUUUAUGCUUUAGACCGAAAUGUGAGUAGUUUAAUAGCUUUACAACAUGUUAUCACUAACACUGUAUCAACCAUAUUGAGCACACAAUAGUAC